AUGGCGGCUCACAAGCGGCUCCACGACGGCUUCGAGCAGGACCCCGACCAGCCCGAGAAGAAGCGGAUGGAGCGCUCGGUCUCCUUCUCCACGGUGAUCCGGGAGGCCAUGGUGAUGAAGCAGGUGCAGAGUGUGUUCCUGGUGCUGGAGCCUCUCCUGCGCCGAGUGGUGCAGGAGGAGAUCCAGGCGGGGCUGGUGCGCAGCCCGCGGUACAUCGAGAGGUCCUCGCCGGAGACGCCGCCGGCGGCGGAGCGGCCGGCGUGGAGGCUGGCGUUCCUGCGCCCGCCGGCGCUGCCGAUCUUCACCGGCAGCAAGAUCGAGGACGCGAACGGCGAGCCACUCCAGGUGGUCCUCGUCGAGGCGGUCACCGGGUCUCCCUGCGGCGCGCUCCCGCAGUUCAUGCGCGUCGAGCUGGUGCCGCUCUUCGGGGACUUCCCUCCGGACGGCCGAGAGGACUGGACGACCGGCGAGUUCGCCCGAGGCGUCGUCAAGGAGCGCGCCGGGAAGCGCCCGCUCCUCACCGGCGACGUCGGCCUCACCAUGCGUGACGGGCGCGCCGUCGUCAACGACCUCCAGUUCACCGACAACUCCUCCUGGGUCCGCUGCCGCAAGUUCCGCAUCGGCGCGCGCGUGGUGCCGGGAAGCUACGAGGGCGGCAGGGUCGCCGAGGCCAUGACCGAUGCUUUCAACGUCCGUGAUCACCGCGGUGAACUGUACCGGAAGCACUACCCGCCGGCGCUCACCGACGACGUGUGGCGGCUGGAGAAGAUCGGCAAGGAGGGGGCCUUCCACCGGAAGCUGCGGCAGAACGGCGUGGAGACCGUGCAGGAGUUCGUGCGGAUGCUCAACGUGAAGCCGGAAAUGCUGCGCGCGAUCAUGGGCGACGGCAUGACGGACCGCAUGUGGGAGGUGACCACGAGCCACGCCAGGACGUGCGACGCCGGCGACAAGGUGUACGCGUACGCCGGGCAGCACGGCGCCACCGUCUACGUCAACGCCCUCUGCCAGCUGGUCAGGCUCGAGUUCGCCGGCGUCCAGUGCGCGGCGCAGCAGCUCACCAGGGCCCAGAAGGCGUACGUGCAUCAGCUGUUCGUGGAGGCGUUCGAGCAGCGGCACAGCCUCCAGGAGGCCGAGCCCCUGCCGGCCGCCAUGCUCCUCCACGCCAGCAGCAGCAGCAACAGCCUCCCAAUGCUGCAGAACGCAGCGCCGGUCGCGCCGCCGCCGCUUCCGGCGACGCCGCUCUGGUUCCAGAGCAACCAGGAGCUGGACCUCCAGAUCGUCGACGAGCUCCCCGACCAGAAUGGCUGCUUCGGCUUCCAGAUGUAUGAAGAUGCAGGAGGAGCAGGGCUUGAGCUGUGUACAUUAACCAGCACCACUACUACUAUCACCACCACUACUAUCUACGCAAGAAUGUGUGUCAGUGUUCAGUUCAGUUAG